AAGUUUUAACCUUCACCUGUACGAUAUAGAUCCCUCUCCCACCAACUCUCUUUCACACUUCGCUUUUUUGUUUUCAGAUACCUUUUGGCCGUCACUGGUUCGACGACAAUGUCGGCGUCAACAAACUCCCUCCUCCUCCUCGGAAACCAAACCCAUCUCCCUUCCCUCAAAUCCCAAUCCCUCCUCCGCCUCACCAAACCCUCCACUCUCACCCUCCCCUCCACAAGAACCAAAUCCAUCAGAUGCGUCGCUUCCACCACCACCACCGAGCGAGUCAUCAACUUCGCGGCAGGCCCCGCCGCUCUACCCGAGAACGUCCUCCUCAAAGCCCAAUCCGACCUCUACAACUGGCGCGGAUCCGGCAUGAGCGUCAUGGAGAUGAGCCACCGCGGCAAAGAGUUCCUCUCCAUCAUCCAAAAAGCCGAAUCCGAUCUCCGCCUCCUCCUCCACAUCCCUCCCGACUACUCCGUCCUCUUCCUCCAAGGCGGCGCCACCACCCAGUUCGCCGCCCUCCCUCUCAACCUCUGCAACCCCGAGGACCCCGUCGAUUACCUCGUCACCGGAUCUUGGGGUGACAAGGCCUUUAAGGAGGCGCAGAAGUACUGCAACCCUAAGGUUGUCUGGUCCGGUAAGGCCGAGAAGUACACUAAAGUCCCCUCCUUUGAUGUUCUUGAGCAGACCCCGCACGCCAAGUAUUUGCAUUUAUGCGCCAACGAGACUAUCCAUGGAGUUGAGUUUAAAGACUACCCUGUUCCUAAGAACCCCAACGGUGUUUUGAUAGCUGACAUGUCUUCGAAUUUCUGUUCGAAGCCUGUUGAUGUGUCCAAGUUCGGUGUGAUCUACGCCGGUGCGCAGAAGAACGUUGGUCCUUCGGGAGUCACCAUUGUCAUAAUCAGGAAAGAUUUGAUCGGGAACGCUCAGGACGUCACUCCAGUGAUGCUUGACUACAAGAUCCACGACGAGAACAGUUCCUUGUACAACACGCCUCCCUGUUUCGGGAUUUACAUGUGUGGUUUAGUGUUUGAUGAUCUGUUGGCGCAGGGCGGGUUGAAUGAGGUGGAGAAGAAGAACCAGAGGAAGGCGAAGAUUCUGUAUGAUGCUAUUGAUGAGAGCAGGGGGUUUUUCAGGUGUCCUGUUGAGAAGUCUGUUAGGUCUUUGAUGAAUGUUCCUUUCACGUUGGAGAAGGCGGAGUUGGAAGGGGAGUUUAUUAAGGAAGCUGCUAAGGAGAAGAUGGUGCAGCUCAAGGGGCAUAGAUCGGUGGGAGGUAUGAGGGCGUCUAUUUACAAUGCGAUGCCUUUGGCUGGAGUUGAGAAGCUCGUUGCUUUCAUGAAAGAGUUCCAGGCUAGGCAUGCUUGAUUCCAUCUUUGUUGUUGAGUGAGUAUAAGCUUUGAAUGCUUGUGGUUUGAUUUUUUGUUUUCAUCUUUAUCUACUUUGAAUUCCAGUUGUGUGCGGAACUGUUUCAGUAAUAAUCUUUUAGCUUAUGCUAACUGAGAACUUCUAGAGAGAUUAAAAUCUUUGAAUAAAUACUUAUUGGGAAAAUGCUGAGAUGAGCUUUUGAUGAUAA